GAGGUUUUGGAGGGCUGAGGCCAGGAGUUGAUUGGAUCAUCUUAGCAGUAUGCCAUCCCGACAUUUAUCUAUCCUCAGGGGCAGCGUCUGUGUCCUUAGCAAACCCAAUGCAUUGGGCAUGGAAGAAGCAAAUCAAACUGGGAUGAUCCUCUUCCACUUCCGCCCCUUCUCCAAACUCCCUGAGGUGCAGAUGUUGAUUUUUGUGGUACUUCUCCUCAUGUACCUAAUCAGCAUCAGUGGAAACGUCUCCAUUUUCCUUACUAUCUGGAUCAAUCCGUGUCUCCACACACCCAUGUAUUUCUUCCUGGCAAACUUGGCAGCUCUGGAGAUCUUCUACUCAUCCACCAUCGCCCCUCUGACUCUGGCCAGUGUCCUCUCGGAGGGGACACUCAUCUCCCUGCCAGGAUGUGGUACCCAGAUGUUCUUUUUCAUCUUUCUGGGCAGCACUGACUGCAUCAUGCUGGCAGUCAUGGCUUAUGACCGGUUUGUGGCCAUCUGUCACCCUUUGCACUAUACGCUCAUCAUGAGCUGGCGCUUGUGUAUCCAGCUAGCCCUGGGAUCCUUGCUGCUGGGGUUCGUCUUGGCCAUGCAGCUGACGGUGCUGAUCUUCCAACUCCCCUUCUGCCGCAGCAAGGAGAUCAGCCUGUUCUACUGUGAUGUCCUCCCCGUUAUGAGAAUGGCGUGUGCCGACACCCACGUCCAUGAGGCCACUCUGUUUGUGGUCAGUGUCAUUGUCCUCACCAUCCCCUUCCUGCUCAUCACUCUCUCCUACGUCUUCAUCGGAGCUGCCAUCCUGAAGAUCCGCUCAGCCGAGGGGAGACACAGGGCCCUCUCCACCUGCUCCUCCCACCUGACGGUGGUCCUCCUUCAGUAUGGAUGCACAAGCCUCAUCUACUUGUGUCCUAGCUCCAGUUACUCCCCUGAAAGGGGCCAAGUCGUGUCUGUGGUUUACACGUUCAUCACUCCUAUGCUGAACCCCUUGAUCUACAGCAUGAGGAACAGAGACCUGAAGGAUUCUUUGAAGAAAGCAAUAAUGAGGCUCCUUCUGCUCUAAACACAGCGAGCACUCUGAAUGUUGCUCUACAACACGGCUGGGGGUAGAGGCUGAGUGGACAGUCCCAAGAUGAGGGGAUGGAGGCUGGCACAUCUUAGCUGUGGACUGUCAGUCUUUCCCGUUACUUUUGAAUAGUCAUGCUCCCUUUCUCAGCCUCAGUUGACUAAUCUCCAAAGCUGG